AUGGGAGGAAAGAACUCAAAAGGUAUCGAUGGAGGUAUGAAUAUCGCGAUCGAGCAAAGAUCUUGCCAGCCAGGCGAUAUGAUUAUAGGCAUCAUUAAUGUGAUGUUAAAUGAAGCUCUUCCUCCAUGCACUCUUAUUCUUCAAUUUAAAGGAAAAGAAGAAACCUAUUGAACAGUUCAGCGAUCAUCAACAGACUCAGAUGGAAAUUCAAGCACUACUACUGACGUUUAUAAAGGGAAACAGCCUAUAAUUAACUUCCAGUUUCCUCUAUAUCAAUGAAAUUCAAUUCUCAGUCCUGGAUGUUUUUCAUUUCCUUUUAAUAUGAAGCUUCCUGAUCAACUUCCAGGAUCUUUUAAAUAUAAAAACCUAGAAGCUAAAGCAAGCAUUGAAUAUUACGUAAAGGCGAAAUUUAUAUUGCCUGAUAAGAAAAAAUUCAAGGAUAAGACUGAAGUUCAUAUAUAUAACAGAUUGAUUUCAUUCCAAAUGAAUAUUAAUUUAGAAAAAACUAGCAAAAUUGUAUGUUUUUACUGCUGCGAUAAAGGAAGCUGCACAAUUAAAUCAAAAUUUAGCCAAGACGCUUUUACACCAGACCAAGUUGCUGGCGCAAUAAUCCAAGUAGAUAAUAAAAAUGGGCAGGCUGAUAUAAAAAAUAUUGCUUUUACGUUGUGAAGGUCUGUCAGACUGAAAACGAAUGCAGGAAUUUCAACCUUUUAUCGAGAGAAAAUUAUAGAAGAUAAUUCAAGAGGACUGUUGAGUGGAGAAUCUAUGGAGGAAUCUAAUUCUAUUGUCUGCAACUUGAAUUUACCUUCAGUUAAAAAUAAACUCGAUAUGAUAUAUUCAACAAGAGGAUAUCUUAUUGAGUGCUGCUAUGCAUUGGAUUGCCAUGCAGAAUUAGAUGGCUGCUGCUUUUGUGGAGGAGAAAAGCCUUCAAUUGAAAUGCCAAUGGCAUUGUAUUCAAUUUAUACUCCUCCACAAAAUAUUGUUCAGCCACCUCCAGGAUGGAAUCCUGUGAGUUAUGAUCAAGCUACUUUAUCUUAUGACAAAGCUUAUGAUAUCAAGCCAAGCUCUUAA